AGAUGCAUAUUAUGGAUAUUUUACAGGGCACUGUAGAUGUGGAAGCAAAAUAAAGGGUGAAAUUGAUAACAAAAUGUUUGAAAACGAAGUAAAAAUUUCUUGUGAGAUGACUGAUGGUGAAAAAGUCCAGCAGUGCAGUAAGCGGUACCUGCGAAAACCAUUUCGUGAUGAAAUUGCAAAACAGCUGCAAGGAAAAUCUGUCGAAGUUUAUCGCUCUCACUUAGCAUCAGCACUAAUGGAUUCGGGAGAUAAAAAGAACCAGAUGAUUUAUUUAGUUCCGAGAUGCUUCUCAAGUGCAAGUCGGAACAUAAGCUUUCACAGUAUUUGGAUCCAGAUCCUAUACGAGCAGUCGCGAGAAUGAAAGCAUAAGUGAUGCCAAACGAAAUCAUUGUAGUCUAAACUGAUCCGUUCAUUGUUAUGUACUGGACGAAUUAUCAACGUCACAUAUACACUAGCUACGCACUACGCGAAUUACCGUCUGUGUGUUUGGAUGCUACAGGAGGAAUUUUCAUUCAGUUGAAAAGGUGUGAUGGUUCUCCAAUGCAGCGUGCAUUUUUGUACCUCAUUGUAGUCAACAACAGUAACGGUCAAUUUUCGGUUGCUCAAAUGAUUAGUACGAGCCAUGAUGCUGUUACAAUAACGUACUUUCUUGGAAGAUAGGCAGUCUCCGGUGCACCACAUCCUAAGGAAAUAAUUUGCGACUCCUCAAAAGCCAUUAUGUUGGCUAUUUUAUUUGUCUUUACCGGUUCCAGAACUAUCGAAGAGUACUGCAAACGCUUGUGACGAAGAGGUCAUGCCAACAUGCUUCGUCAGAAUUGAUGCGGCAGACUUCAUUAAACCUUAUGUGUCAUUGACGAAACCUUUCAAAUCAAAAAAAGUUAAGAUAUUUUACAAAGCUGCAAUGGGAUUACUGAUUGGAGCUCGCGAAAAAGAAACAGCGACCAAAAUAGCCAAAGCUAUUUUGUUAUCAGCCAGAUGUGAAGAUGACGGCAAUGACACACAGUGUUACGAAGAACGGCAGUGGGUUACAAAGAGGCUCAAUCCUUUACAAGAAGAUGUAGAGGAAGAAAAUCAUGCUGACAACCAAGACGAUGAAAACAAAAGUCCAUUAAAUGACUCCAUUUUUAAGGAAUACAAUUUUCAAGAUAAGUGGUAUGAGUGGGCCAAAGACAUAGACAGACACGUGGAAGAAAUUGCAAGAAAAGAAAACUAUGAUGAGCACGUUAAUGCCUAUAAAUGUGCGGAAAUUGCGGAAAAGUUAAUCAAUGAUUUAAGGUGGAUUAAUUUAUGGUCUAACAUUUGCAUUGCCAAAUUUGGAUACGGACGUGAUGCGGCCUCUAGUUCACCUGUAGAGAGUGAGUUUAAAAACAUCAAACAUCCUCUAAUGGAAGGUCAGUCGGCUCGUCUCUGACCGGACGAAUUUGUCGACCUCCUCGUAAAUAGUUGGCUUAAGGGGCGCAUGAACAUGCUUGGAGCAAAGGAGGACGCACUCC